ACCUGCAACCAGAACAACUACACUCGGCCCAUGAAAAAAGAAACCUAACUCUCACAAAACUCCAACAAAUAAGAAAUGAAAUCUGCAGACGAAGAAGACGCAGAGCACCGCCAAAUACAAGCAUUCCUCGCCGAGCUCCCGCCGGAGGUCAUCAUCAACAUCCUCUCCCGCCUCCGCGUCGGCCGCCUCCUCUAUUUCAGGUCCGUCGCCAAGCCAUGGCGCUCCCUAAUCGACAGCUCCUACUUCCGAAACCUCCACCUCCUCCAUUCCACCCACACCAAAUCCAAUCUCAACCUCAUCCUCCGCAAAGAGUCCGACCUCUACUGCGUCGAUUUCGAUUCGCUAAACGACGCCGUCGAGCUCACGCACCCGCUCAUGUGUUACAGCAACCGGAUCAGGGUCCUGGGGUCCUGCAACGGGCUGCUGUGCAUCUGCAACGUGGCGGAGGACAUCGCGCUGUGGAGCCCCUGGAUUAGGAAGUACCGGAUUCUGCCUUCUCUGCCGUCGGAUCGGAAGAGGGACAAAGGGAUGUGCCUGUGUGGCGCUAGGGUUUACGGAUUGGGAUACGACGCCGUUCAUGACGACUAUAAACUGGUCAGGAUUUCGCAGUUUAUCGGAUGGGACUCUGCCUCGUUUGAGGGUGAGGUGAAGGUUUAUAGCCUGAGAUUGAACGAGUGGAGAAGGAUGGAUAACAUGCCGUAUGUGUUGUGUUACACCCGGAAAAUGGGGAUUCUCGCGAGUGGAUGCGUGCAUUGGGUGGUGACACGGGCUCCGGAGCCGGAAAUGGAUCGACCCGCAACCGAGAUGGUUGCUGGAUUUGAUUUGGUGAAGGAGAAAUUUGGGGAGGUGCCGAUGCCGGAGAUGGACAGGAAGUGUCAGAUUGAUGUGGGGUAUUUGGAAGGAUGGCUUUGCAUUGUAGCGAAAUAUGAAGGUGUGGGUGUUGAUGUUUGGAGUAUGAAACAAUAUGGGGUUAAGGAGUCUUGGUGUAAGUUGUUUACUGUGAAGCAGGUUCAAGGGGUUAGAAGGCCCAAGAGUAUUAGGCCUCUGGUUUAUUCAAAGAAUGGCCGCCAAGUUUUGCUGGAACAGAAUCAUGAAGAUCUUGUUUGGUUUGACUUGGAGAGUCAGAUGGUGAAGAGUGUCAAGAUUCGUGGUUUGCCAGAUUUAUUUGAGGCCACAGUUUGUGCGGAAACCCUUGUUUCAGUAGAUCCUAGUAAACGAGAGGAUAAGGAAAAAGAAGGAAAGAAGAAUAAGAAAAGGGAUGAUUUCCUGGCUGAAGGCUUCAAAUUGGUGCUAUAGGCAACACUCAACAGAAAAUCAUGAGAAUAACAUGUGGAGAAGAUCAGGAAAGGUAAACAGAGUCGAGAACGCUACCAUGAGCUGAUUAGCUGCAAUAUUGUGCAUCUACUGUCACAGUUUGUAUCUGCACUGAAGAUAAAGAUCAGGAUCAUACUUGUAUUGAUCAUCAGAGUGAGCUAAAACUAGAGCAUAAUACCUCAGAAGACUUGGAACUGGAAGUUUAGUCUGAUCGUAACCAUACCAGGUGUACAUUUCUUCCAUAUACCACAGCUAGCUAACCAAGAAUAAAGAAGGGUACCUUCUGUAAGAUAACAUGACUGGUAUGCUCUCCCCUUUCGUAGAUGUAGUUUCUGCUCUGGAAUUUUAUAGAAUACAUUUUGAAUGUAAUGAUAUCCGCUAUUUCAAAGUUGUAUACAUGAGCUUCAACCUUCUAUCUGCAGAGUUCUAUAGUCAUAGCUUGUUCUCAUAACCUAAAACAGUUUUUGGAAACAUGCGGACAAGCAUACGAU